AUGACUUGGAGCAGUUUGCCGAACUGCCUGAAGCUGCCGCUGCUGCUGCUGCCGCUGCUGCUGUUGCUGCUGAUCGGAUCUGGUGCCGCGCAGCAGUACAACGCAUCGGCGCUGACUGCGGUGGGCCCAGCGCCCAUUUCGCCCGUGCUGAAGCAGUCCCAGAACACGUUCGUUCAAUGGGUUCUAUCACUGCUGCCGCAGCGUCCCGGCGCUGCCACCGAGAGCGUCACAAUUGCCACGCUGAGCAGCUCGGCGACGACGCCCACUGCGACGCCAGCUGCGGCGUCGACAACCUCAACAACCGCAGCAACAACCACAACGACCACAGCAGCGCCCACAACAACGCGAAGGGCAACGACGCCGGCGCCACCGACGCUGAGUCCRCCGAGGAACUGCAGCGACUGCGUCUGCGGCGUGGCCAACAUCCAGAAGCGCAUCGUGGGCGGGCAGGAGACGGAGGUGCAUCAGUAUCCCUGGGUGGCCAUGCUGCUCUAUGGCGGACGCUUCUACUGCGCCGCCUCCCUGCUCAACGAUCAGUUCCUGCUGACCGCCUCGCACUGUGUCUACGGCUUCCGCAAGGAGCGCAUUUCGGUGCGCCUGCUGGAGCACGAUCGCAAGAUGUCGCAUAUGCAGAAAAUCGAUCGCAAGGUCGCCGAGGUGAUCACCCAUCCCAAGUACAAUGCCCGCAACUAUGACAACGACAUUGCCAUCAUCAAGCUGGACGAGCAUGUGGAGUUCAACGAGGUGCUCCAUCCCGUCUGCAUGCCGACGCCCGGUCGCAGUUUCCGGGGAGAGAUCGGCGUCGUCACCGGCUGGGGCGCCCUCAAGGUGGGUGGGCCCACCUCAGACACGCUGCAGGAGGUUCAGGUGCCCAUUUUGUCGCAAGACGAGUGCCGCAAGAGCCGCUACGGCAACAAGAUCACGGACAACAUGCUCUGCGGCGGCUACGACGAGGGCGGCAAAGACUCCUGCCAGGGCGACAGCGGCGGCCCCCUGCACAUCGUGCCCAAUGGCACCAGAGAGUAUCAGAUCGCUGGCGUCGUUUCGUGGGGCGAGGGCUGCGCCAAGGCUGGCUAUCCAGGUGUCUAUGCGCGAGUGAAUCGCUACGGCACCUGGAUCAAGAACCUCACCAAACAGGCCUGCCUCUGCCAGCAGGAGACCAAGAAGAUCAAGUAAUUUGGUGCAGAGCUCUCGCAGUAC